AUAUCACAACCCCGGGCCCGUCAAUGCCGCCUCCAACUUCUAGACUGACUCGGAUGCUCGGGCUCUUGUCCGAUGACAUUCACGUUUCUCUGUUCACCUGCGGUCAUGAAGCAGAGCAUGUGGUCUGUGGUUAGAUACCGCUCUCGAGACUGUAAAUUUGUACGAUUAUGACGCAGUUAUUGUUGGCGCUUCCGGCGAGGAAAUCCUCGGGUCUGUCUUUUUCUUCUCUUACUCUCAUUCUGGUCUGCGUUGCCUGCCAACCCACCCGUUCUGUCCCGCUUGAUAGACCACUGUCGGCUCUCCGAUAUCACGCUCCUUUACUUAGCACAGCGAUUUUUGUUCUAGCAUUCAUGGUUGGUCGAUUCACUUUGAUUCCCCCCUCGAGCAUUUGUUUUCUUUCUCGUGAGACGAGGGCCACGGCCUGUCGUCUCCAAUCUCUGCUCUGGAUUACAGGUCCUUCGAUCUUUGCCGCAAAAAGCUUUUGAUUGUAUGUAUUUAAUUUGAGAAAUGACUUGAGCACAUCCGAGCAAGUAAAUCAUACACGGUACAUACCUUAAGCAGCCACUCACCCCAGUCGAAUAGUCG